AUUAGGAGAUCAUUUUUAGUUUUACUUUAUAUUUAAGUGCGUUGUUUUAAUAAUAUACCCAUAUGUAUAGUUGAAUAAGUAACAAGAAAAAUAUGACGUCAUUGUAUUUACUUGUCCUUGCGGUGAUUUUAAAUUAUGCAGGCUGCGAGAGUGUUUACAAACAAAGAUUCCUGGAACAGUAUAAUAAAAUGCACGACCCUAGUAAUGGAUACUUUUCUUCAAAAGGCAUACCAUACCACGCUGUUGAAACUCUAGUUGUAGAAUCGUCUGAUUAUGGCCAUGAGACAACAUCGGAAGCACACAGUUACUAUAUUUGGUUAGAAGCUAUGUAUGGCGGUAUUACAAAUAACUUUUCAAGAUUUAAUGAAGCGUGGGAAAUAAUGGAGAAAUAUAUUAUUCCUGUACAUGAAAGUCAACCUAAUACUAAUCUGUACAACCCAUCACACCCUGCUGGUUAUGGUCCAGAAAAGGAAUAUCCAGAAGACUAUCCUGUAGAACCAGUUGAUCCUCCAGCUCCAGUUGGAAUCGAUCCCUUGUAUCAAGAAUUAGUAGAUACUUACGGAACCAGUGAUAUUUACGCAAUGCACUGGUUGACAGAUGUAGAUAACGUUUACGGCUUUGGUAAUAGUCCUGGAAAUUGUGAACUUGGUCCUAAUGAGCCUGGACCAUCUUUUAUCAAUACAUAUCAAAGAGGACCUAGAGAAAAUGCCUGGAAAACAAUACCCCAACCAACUUGUGAUUCUCAUAAAUAUGGUGGUCCAGAAGGAUUUGGCCCUUUGUUUUCUACAGGAGAUCAUGCACCUAAUUGGAAAUAUUCUGUUGCUCCAGAUGCAGAUGCUAGAGCUAUUGCUGCGGCAUUUUGGGCUUCAAGAUGGGCAACUAAAAGUGGACAAUUAUCACAGAUAACUGAUACUUUACAAAAGGCUGGUAAAUUGGGAGAUUAUUUAAGAUAUUGCUUUUUCGAUAAAAAUUUUAAGAGAAUUGGUAAUUGUAUAGAUCCUUAUAAAUGCCCAGGAGGUACUGGUAAGGAUAGUGCUCAUUACUUAUUAGGAUGGUAUUUUGGAUGGGGAGGAUCAAUAUCUUCAGAAUAUGGAUAUUCUUGGAGAAUUGGAGAAGGUGUUGCUCAUUUUGGUUACCAAAAUCCUAUGGCAGCCUAUGCCUUAAUUAACGAACCUAAUAUGACUCCUAAAGGUGCAACUGCAGUAGAAGAUUGGCAAAUAUCUUUAGAGCGACAAUUAGAAUUAUACGAAUACCUACAAUCCGUUGAAGGUGCAUUUGCAGGUGGUGUUUCUAAUAGCUGGAAUGGUAGAUACGAGCAGCCUCCUGAAGAAUUAAUGGAGAAUACUUUCCAUGGAAUGUUUUAUAAUUGGGAACCUGUUGCAUACGAUCCCCCAUCAAAUCAAUGGUUUGGAAUGCAACCUUGGUCUACUGAUCGUUUAGCACAAUAUUAUUAUAUAACUGGAGAUGAUAAAGCUAAAAAAAUUUUGGAUAAAUGGGUAUCUUGGAUUAUCGGAAAUACUUACUUUGAAGGGGAAGAUUAUAGGAUUCCCAGUACAUUGGACUGGGUUGGAGUACCUCCUAACGUUCAUUGUAAGGUAGUUUACUAUGGAAACGGGGUUGGACCCGCAGCAGCUACCGCCAGAACAUUAUCCUAUUACGCCGCUAAAGCUAAUCACGUCGAAGCAAAGAAUCUCGCUAAAAAAAUACUUGACAGUUUAUGGAAUUUGCAUCGCACACCAUUAGGAAUUUCAGUGGAAGAGCAACCCGAGAUUCACUUUAACCAAUCUGUUUAUGUUCCAAAAGAUUUCCAUGGAGUUUAUCCCAAUGGCGACGUUAUUGAUUCAAAUUCAACCUUUAUUAGUUUAAGAUCAUUUUAUAAAAAGGAUCCGCAAUGGUACAAGAUCGAAAAUUAUAUGAACGGUGGUCCUGCACCAAAGUUUACCUAUCAUAGAUUCUGGGACCAAACAGAUGUUGCUUUAGGUUUUGGAGUUUAUGGUCUUUUGUUUGAUGAAUAAAUAAUGUUUAAUGUAUAAUAAAUUUUUAUUAAAUCGUU